UACGGUACAAAUUUUCAAUGGCGACGAAUAGGACGGCAUCUCCUUCGGUGGAUACUGUCUCUACCUCUGUCUCUCCUAGACAGAGAGGAGAUAUAGACACUCUCUCGGCCUUUCAGGGCGUCAUUUCAAACGAGGAUGCCGAGAGACAAACAGAGAGGCUCAUAAGGCUGUACCGGGAGAAGUCCCAAGGAGGAAUCCCUGACCAGAACAGCUACAAGAUAUGCCUUCUUCACGAUGACAGAAAAUGGCAUCACGCAGCCCACGACGUGAACCAGUGGUACACCUCAAAGAAUCUCCCUUGCCACAUACGCAGCUAUUGUGAUGACGGCUGGUUUGAUGAGGUACAGAGACUCAAGGCCUCUCAUUAUCUCUUCUUUGGCUUACCUCCUUUUGAGAAAGGAAAGAAAGGGUUUUUAAAGCGAACGCCACGCUCUCCGGUUGAGUCCCAGCAAGAGAUUGAUUUCUUUACUCUAGGAGGAGGCGGACCGACGAACCUUAAGCUGAAUAACGUCGUCGUUGUUCUCCCCGAGAAAAUCUCAACUAAAAAAGAAUAUCGACAGAAAAUAUCCGGGCAUUAUUUGGAACACUACGUGAAACUCGACGGGCAAAAGACGCCAUCAGUGCUAGCAGCAUCUGCCCUGGGGAUAUUUAUUGCACCUCAACCAAAGCCAAUGGAGUCUGAUAAAGCCUACUGGAGUGCUAAUCCAAAACUUGUUGAAGACUUUAGAGUCUCUUCUGAGGUUCCCCUGGGACUGACUAUAAUGACUCGUGAGAUGGCUGAAGGUGCCCCAUUUGAACGCAUAGUACUAAUCAAUAGUAUUAGUUCUAACUAUCGCUAUGAAUUCUACGCCAGGGUUGGCCGCUAUACUCACAUACAAUCAAUCAAUGGGAUACUCCUGGAUGGGCUGAGCGUUGAGAAGGUCACUGAUGUCUUUAAGAAGCUUCCAGAUCACCAUGUUCAAAUGUUGAUCAGAUACAUACACAUGGGGGAGAGGGAUGGACGGAAGAACAGUGGUGCGUCCAAUGAGGUGGGUCAUCCCUCCGGUACUUCUCCCUUACGUGAGCUCCCUAACCGUCAGUCUGUAGCCUCCUCUGACAUACCUCCAUCAACUAUACCGUCCUCUAGAAAUGAGACUCAACUCAAGCCUUCUACGCCUGCUGAGAAGUCUCUCAUUCUCCCUCUCCCUCUCUUUAUCCUCGGCGAUAACUACAGCCUUUGCAAGCAGCUGUAUACUGCCUUGAAGGCUGAGCCCCCUCCUCCUUACUCUGAGCUAGCCUCGAGGGGGUCCACCACGCCCACUGAUAAUGGAGGAGCGGACUUUUCCUCCGGAGUGAGAGGAGGAGGAGGGAGGGUUGGGAAUGGAGGGAGUCAUUUGCCACCAAAAAGAUCAACGUCGAUGCCACAAGGAAGCAACUCUUCUUCAUAUAAUAGGUUAGAGCACAGAGGGUCUCAAGGUAGCGGUAUCACUACUAACGAUGAAAGUGCUGAUGUCCUUACUCCUCUCAUUCAGCGUCCAAUCACUUUAAACAUGGAGUCUGAUAAUCGUCACGUGCGAAGACGGACCAGCUCCUUCAGAGGCAUAAGCUCGAGCGAUAAGUUCAUUCAAAGAUGCGAAAUGCCGAUGAACAAAUUUGAGAAGCUCCCUAGCCUCCAGGAUAAUCCGGAGACUGACAUGACGAUAAACUCACCCCUGAGUCCAGGCAAUACUCCUAAACCGGUAUCCACUGAAAUGUUACCACAGCAUCAGUUCAUCCUUCACCUUCCCCUCCCUGAGCUUGAUAGAUUCAUGAGUCAUCUUUAUUUUAAAGCCAGUGGGAUUUAUUUGGUCGUCAUUGGGCUAGAGGACCUCAUCGCUAACCCAGUCUGUCAGUACGAGAACCUCUUCUACUGGAUAAACCUCAUUCACACGUACGUAUCCCCAGACGCUAAACGUAUGUUUGUCGUUGGUCUUUACAAGCGUUCUAUGAUAGAGCAGAAGCACGUGAUCGAGAGCCUAAAGGUGCUAAACAGGGUACUUGCUAAUUACCGUCAGAUGGUGAAGAUCCCUCUCGAAGAACAAGGCUACGUUUAUUUGUUUGACCUAGAGAACCAAGAGGCUGAGUGCCAGUACCUUUGCUCUUGUAUACUCAAUUGCACUCGUCUCUUUGCCAAGUCCUCAUACUAUUUCACUCGGGAGUUUCACGAUCAUGUUUUCUCGCCUUUUCGCGAGUUUCAAAAAAUAGCGUCCGAUAUUGGCCUCAAUCACGAUCGUGCUUUAUUGGAAUCAAAAUACGUGAUGGGUCAGAGGUUCUGCAUGUUGUUUGACCAGCAGCAGCAUCCCAUACACUUACCAAUGGGGUACUAUGAGACUCUCGCAAAUUACUCUACUGCCUGCAUAUCAAGACACUGUGAUGGUUGUCUCCUCAUUCCGUCAGUCAUUCCAGAGUUGCUUAAUCUUUGUGCCCGUCUCAGCGAAUAUGAUACUCAGAUAUUUGAUGAUCCUGACCUCCGAGGCCUACCUCUCUUUAGUAUCCAUAUGCUGCGUCACGGCUUCAAGAUCCUCUACCCUAACAAUAGCAAGGACUUUGAGAUGGUCAUAUGGUGGAUGGAGCAUUUGAGUAUCAUAUACUCCGUCGGUAAGAAAAGGGUCCAGGGGGACGAGCGAUUCUUUGUCCCUUUUCUCCUCCACUAUCACCUCUCCGAUCGACCGAUGUACGAGUGGGACGAAGAGAAAGUCGAGGGUAUGUUUGUUGACGCCAUUACUCUCUAUGCCCAGUUCUCGUCCAAUGUACCGAUGACCAUUCACCUCUUUCAUAAGAUACUGGCUUACAUAUUGCAGAGUGUCCUUAAGAUUGGGGCUCAGGCCGAUUGCUUUAUCAAUCCGGAUUCUCCAGAGGUCGUUCUCCCGCUUCAUGACGAUAAUUCUAAUGAUGAUUUGGGGCCGGUUCUGGUCAGGUUUCUAGCUGUCCAGAAUAUUAUCGAAUUCAAGUCAAAUGUUUCCAAUCGAAUGAGAUUCCUUCAUGUUGUUGAGAACAAGCUCUCAAAAGCUUUCCUCGGCUCAAAGUAUUACAACAAGACGAUUGAUGUGAAUAGGGUUGUCAGUUUUCGUGUGCCUGCAGACUCUUUCACUCGCGAAACAACACACCCUCACGUUUGGGACCUGGCAGAGCUAGAGAGCUCAAUGGACGAGAAAGAGGAACACCUUGUGGCAACCAGCCACCUCACGGAGCCUGGGAACAGGAAAAAGACACCUGCCCUGAGGAGAUGGGCAGAUCAAGACCCUGAAAUGAAAGAGCUUCCAAUUGAGUUGGCACACGAGAUAAGUCAGAGACUCUCAUUGUCGGAGCAAUGGGUCACGUUUGUCGUUAAGCUCCAUCUUAUGCAAAAUGAUGAGAUAUUACUCAGGAAGCAGAAGCCGUUUGGUGACCCAGGAGCUGAAGCGUUGCAAAAAUGGAAAGAUAGCUCAAAAACACUUGUUGACCUUUCUGAAUGUCUUCGGAUUCUCCAUCUUGACAAUAUUGCUGAUAAAGUUGAUACUUUUAUUGGCGGAGAUGACAUAGCCGAUCCUUCACCUUAUCCCUCAAAAAUAAGAGAAAAGAAGCUUCCUACAGAGCUGUUUAUGGAGCUGUCAACUGCUCUCAAUUUUAAUGAGAAGUGGGCAUUACUUGGUUCUUAUCUGAACCUACUCAAGACGUCCGAGAUUGAAGCACUAAAGCUCAAAGCUCAAGUCGAUAAAGGAGGCCAUGUCCUUUCCCUGUGGACAGAUAGUCACCUCACUUAUCAGGAUCUUAUAAAUGGACUCCAGAAUCAGAAAGUGGGUCUUAAUGUCUAUGUGCCUAAGAUCGAAGCUAUAAUAAAGAGUCAUAACGCUCAGUUAUAAUUUAUUAUUAUUAUUAUUAUUAUUAUUAUUGUUGUUGUUAUUGUUUGACUGUUUUUAGUAUCAGAUAUUAAUUUCGUGUUUCUGUUAGUCCACCCUCUUUUUGUAAGCACUUUUGUUUCUAUUUUCUCUCUCUCUCGCUCUAACUUUCACACACUUAUUCAUUCACUCUUUAUUUUGAUCCUGCAACACUUCAUUCUCUUUCUUUUUCUCCUUUAUAAAUGCACACACAAACACUUUUCUUCAUCGUUGAUGCUUUAAGAGCAUCACUAGAAUAUUUUGCAUUCUCUUCUCAAUCAAUAAAACCACUUAAUUACUACAAA